AUGUCUUCGGUGUUUAUUGGCACGCCGCUAGCGCCCGGCGCUCUCUUGGCAGUUUCAGACACCUCAGUUGUCAUUCCGCCUCCUCCGGGCAACGCUUGCGCAGCGGCCUCUGCUACGGCGCAGCGGGAACGGCGUGGCCGACCAUUCUCAUCGCCCGACAGCGAUGAGAGUUUUGCCUUUGAUCGGCCGCCAUAUGCUUCAGAUGGCGGUGUAUCCGGUGCAGCAGGAGAGCAAGCCUCCCCUGUCCGGCACCAUCGUCACGGAAGCGAUGCCAGCAGCGCCUAUGCGCAGGGCUCCUGGCAGCAGCAGGAGCAGCCUCCCUUUAUGGUCCCAUCAGGAGACCUAGACGGGGAUGAAGCUAAUGGCAAUUAUGAUGUGAUUUCGUCGGUGGUUGACGGGCCUUACAUGGAACAACGCCAGACCUCGCUAGCGUAUGAGGUGGAGUACCCCUCGGACGUUGAGGGCAUGGAAGCACACGAACCAUCGCGCGACAACGAGGCGGGCAUGGGGUUUGAUGACGUCAGUUCCGAAGGCGGACACACGCUUUCAGAGCUGGAGCAACAGUUGAACCAAACCAUAAAGCAAUUCAACAUUGAGGAAAUGCGCGUGCCCACGUCGAAGGACAUGGUGUUCGGCAUGGCACAUGCGGAUGGCCCCUUUGACAUCUCGGACAUUUGGGCGGUUGAGUCUCAGCCCAGCGGUUCGAUGCAGAGUGCCUCGCAGCGGCCGGCAUCUCCGUCCAUCGGCGGCAUCUCCCGCGAGGGACACGAAGUCAACUCGUACUCGGGUAUGCAUAGAGAUCAGACAUCCGUUUCCCAAGAGUCAUCAUAUUCUAGUGCGCGCGAACCACAAGCAGCGAACCUGACCGUCCGAGAGUGGCAUAAAGGAUCCAGACCGGGGAGCGCCCAGGCGCGGCUGCACUCUCCCCGACACGGGAGACAGCAGCAGCAGCAACAGACGCAAAAGCUGAUGCAUCAAUCGCUAAUUGGCCCAGUUGCGCACCAUGGCGCUCGAGGCUCAUUGGAAAUCCCCCGACGGCAGGCGCAUCAGCAGCAGCAACAGCCCUCCUUGCUGGCACAGCAUGGCUCCAAGCAAUCGCAGGCGCAGCCCACUCGUCGCGCCCACACAUCCCGAACGGCGGAGGCGGGCGUCGCCAUCCCUCGCCGGUCCGUCACUCCAACCGCGCGCUUUCACGGGGAGCAACCCAGGCCAUCGCAGUCCCAGGUGACACCCCACUACGCCCAACCACUCAAGGAAACUCGCCUGGAGCAGCUUUGUAAGCCCCGCAAUGAGCGCGUGGAGAAGCGGUGCCAGCAGCUGCGGCAAGAAAAGGAGGAGGAGGAGCUGCGGGACUGCACGUUUCAGCCGCAGACCGGACGGCCGCCCAGCGCCCAGCGCGUCCGUGCUGACCAGACGGUGCACGACAGGCUGUACGGCACCAAGCCCGCGUGGCAGCUCAAAAGGGAGGAAAUCCUACGUGAGCGGGAGCAGGCAGUGCUGGCCAGCUGCACCUUCCAGCCACAAUGUGGCUCUAGGCAAAUCCCGGACGAUGCCUGCAGGUCCAUCAGCGCGGCGCGGCGCAGGCCCGCGAGCGCGGCGGCGGCCAGCGGGGGAUUGACGCCGUACGUGCCCAUCCAUCAGCGCGUUGCUGACCUCCUGCGAAGUCGAAAUGAAAAGCUGGCGAAAGCGCAGAUACAGAUGGAGCUAGGCGGCGGCUCGGUGACCUUCCAGCCGGAGGUCAACCGCCGGUCCGCACAGCUGGCGGCGGAGCGGCAGCGGCAACAGCCCGCGGAGGUGGCGGCGCUGCCCGCCAGUGAGCGGCUGUACCGCUUGGCGCAGGAGGCAGCCGCAAGGCGUCGUGAAGCGGGCGAUGAGCAGGGGUCAGUCAUGCGGGACGUGAGCACCUCCCGGGACCAGCGAAACCCCUUCCUGCAGAAGCAACCGCUGGGUGUACCGUCCAUCAACCCGCGAAGCCGUGCGCUGGCUGAGAGCUCCGACCUCCCACAGGACUUCCUGGCGCGGCAGGCCUAUCUUGCAGCCCUGGGUCACGAGAAGCGCGCGCUGUACCGGAGUCUCCUGGAGGAAUCCACAUGCACAUUCCAACCCCAACUGCUAUCACGGGCCGGCAGCGUUUCCUCCAGCUGCGGCCUGGGGACCACCCCACGUGGAGGCUCUGUUCCGUGCUGGUCCGGCUCCGUCGGCGACGGCGACAGGCUGUCCAAACUGGCAUACCAGGACGUGCAGCGCAGCGCGGCACUACGGGGCGCACUGGAACAACACCAUUAUGGACAAUAUACCUUCACGCCAAAAAUCAACGAGCGGUCCCGCAAAAUUGGCAGGCGGCACUCGUUAACUGAUUUGUAUCGGAACGAGGAGCGGCAAGCUAAGCUGGAACGCCUAGCAGCGGCCGCUGAGGUGGAACGUUCGGCCGAGUGCACUUUCCGCCCAGCCAUCAACCCACGGAGCGCGUCACUGGGGCGGCAGCGGCGGGGAAGCCUGGUGCUGGCAUCGGUGGACGGCCACGAGCAGGCCAAUAAGCUGCGGAGUAGCAUCCUGACGGAAGCCCGGGCGUUGCGGGAGUAUGAGGAGCUGAAGGAGUGCACCUUCACGCCUGCCAUCAACCGCACAGUGCCCAAGCCAACAGGCCCAAUUGCCGUGCCCGGCCUGGGGCGGCACAUGGAGCUUAGGGAACUCGCCCGGAAGAAACGCGAGGCGGAUGAGGCGCGAAAGGCCCAGGUCUGGCAUCUGCAGCCCAAGUCACCCGGGCCCUGUGCCGGCAUCACCGUCCCGCGGCCCUUCAGCUUUGAGACGCGUGUCCUACCCUGGCAGGUCCCUCGCGCGCAACUCGCCAACGAGCAGCAAGAUAGGGAGCAGCAGCAGCGGAAAGCACUGGCUGCGCUGAAGCUUCAGCGACAGCAGCAGAGGAAGCACGCCGAGGAGCGUCGCUCUACGCAGCUCCAGAAAAUCUUGCAAGAGGCCAAUGCUGCUUCUCACGCGCAGCACCACGCCCGGAAUGCGGCGGGCCCUGUCCCUGCCUUGCUGGAGCCUGCUCCGGCAAACGGGAACGGUGGGCGCCGCCGCUCUGUAACCUUCCAGUCGCCGGUUUCCGGCGAUAUCUACGGUCCGGGUUCUCCGCGCGGCGUUGCAGAAAUGCCUGCGGACGUGUACGGCCGCGACCCUGACUUCGAACCGGAAGCAUCAGAUGUGCCGUACGGGGGCGACAUCAUCGACGAGAGCUUCAAUGGGUUCGCGUAUCCUAGCGGCGCUGUAGAGGAGUUGUCUCGUCCCAUGUUGUCUCAUCUCAAGCACACCAAAGCGACCACGUCGUCUGCUGGCUCUAGAAGGACGUUCCAUUCGCAGCAAAGCAAGAGGUUCCAGGCCACGCCUCACCAGGAGUCCCGUCUGAAUGACCUUCUUCCGUACUUCAUACAGCACGACCGAUGUCUCUGA